AUGAAGCUGUGCCUGCUUCUCGGGGCCCUCAUCGGGGCAACUUGGGGCCUGCAAACAUUUGCCGGUGACCAAGUUCUCCGAGUGGAACCACGCAGUUAUGAGCAAGUCCCCCUACUGAAGCAGCUGGAAGCUCUAGAAGCUCUCCAGCUGGAUUUCUGGCGGUUCCCUUCAUACCCUGAUCAACCUGUGGAUGUCCAAGUACCCUUUGCCUGUCUCCAAGAUGUCAAAGUCUUCCUGGAGUCCCAUCAGAUGAAGUACUCUGUCCUGAUUGAAGAUGUCCAGGCCAUGGUGGAUGAAGAAACCCAUGAGAUGAACCUCAACGAACGAAAUGAACGCAGCAGCAACAGUUUCAACUAUGCCGCUUAUCACCCCUUAGAAUCUAUUUACAAAGCUAUGGAUGAUAUUGUGGCUGAGUACCCCCAGCUUGUGAGCAAACAGCAGAUUGGGGAGUCUUACGAAAAACGACCCCUCUACAUCCUCAAGUUCAGCACCGGAGGACGGAACCGUCCUGCGAUCUGGAUUGAUGCUGGCAUCCAUGCCCGAGAGUGGGUCACCCAAGCGACUGCCUUGUGGACCGCAGAAAAGAUCGCCUGUGACUACGGGAAUGAUCCAUCACUAACCUCCCUGUUAAACACAAUGGAUGUUUUCCUGAUGCCUGUUGCAAAUCCAGACGGAUAUGCAUUCUCUCAUACCAGUAAUCGUAUGUGGCGGAAGACCCGCUCCAAACUUCCCGGCAGUAGUUGCAUCGGAGUUGAUCCAAACAGGAAUUGGGAUGCAGACUUUGGAGGACCUGGAUCCAGUAACAACCCCUGCUCUGACACUUACUGCGGCCCCAGUGCCAACUCCGAAGCGGAAGUGAGGUCCAUUGUGGAUUUUGUCAAGGGCCAUGGGAAUCUCAAGGCAGUCAUCAGCAUUCACAGCUAUUCCCAGCUCCUGAUGUAUCCCUAUGGCCACAACUGCACCAAUAUCAAGGAUUACAAAGAACUGGAUGACUUGGGGCAUGCUGCGGCCAGAGCUCUUACUUCGCUCUACGGCACAAUAUAUAAAGUCGGGUCCAUUUGCUCCACUAUCUACCAGUCAAGCGGUGGCAGCAUCGACUGGACUUACCACGAAGGCAUCAAGUACUCAUUUGGCUUUGAACUGAGAGACACCGGCCGCUAUGGCUUCCUCUUGCCCGCUAGCCAGAUCAUCCCAACAGCUCAAGAGACCUGGCUGGCGCUGAAGACCAUCCUGGAGCAUGUGCGAGACCAUCCCUACUGAGAGGCGAAACAAAGAGAUGGGGGAGUCACUCUGGCGCUGCAGGGCACUCCGGAAGGCUGUUGCAACAGCAGCUGCGAGCCAUGGGACAUUAUGGAUCCCAAUGGAACAGGGAAAGCAAGCAACCAUGCCCUCUAGUAUAAAGUUUAAUGAAUAAACCUUUAAAAAGCAAAAGGAAUCAUGUUGUCCCAUAAGAAAGAAAAGCCCAAAGCCACCAUUGGGCAAUACUUUCAACAGGACCAAGCAAAAUGUCACAAAACAGUGAGCAAGGUUUCCAGAUCACUUCAUUGUGUGCAAGAUGUUAUGCAGAAGGGGAUGGGGGGGGAAGGAAGUGCGAGUCAAAAAUCUAAGAUGGAUGCUAUUUAUUAUUGCAACAAUCUAUUGCUGU